AUGGUCAUGGGCCUGCGCGGGCUCCGCAGUGUGCUGCCACAAGGGCUGCUGGCCUUGGCAGCCUUGACCUUGGUCAUUGGCGUGGUAGAAAUUGGAUUGGUGAGCCAACGCCAGCAUGUUGUGGUUGCACGCCUGGGGGCCUUCCAUCACCCGCCCACCCCGCGACUGUCGCAACAGCACCCGCAGCAUCAACAGCUGAGGGUGUGGAAUGAGACAUCGUCUCCGCGACUUGGUCAGAGUCACCCCCUAGCGACUCCGCGGCGCGCUGAGCCUGUGCCUAGUCAGCCCAAUGAGGCCAAGCCUACCCGCAAGAAGACAAUGCAUGAGCUUUGGGAGGAACAGCAAAAGCGCUUACUGGCUGAGCGCCACGAUGCUGCACUUGCCACCCCGCCAAACGUGACACUGGACGAGUUUGAUGCCGCGCAUGCGCGUGCAGGCCCCCUCGGUGCGGCCGUGCCCCUAGCUUGCUCUUUUCACAACAAGGUCACGCGGGAAUGUGGCACGGGCCAGGGCCAACUCCCGGUGCUGAUCACGGGGGUUGGUCGCUCCGGCACCCACCACACCGAGUCAUCCCUUCGACACAUGGGAAUAAAUGUGUGUCAUGAAGCAGCGUGCCGCGAUGGCUCCGUGAGCUGGAUCUAUGCCGUGCAGGAUCCAGAUCGGUUUUACCCCUGGGAAAACGCCAAUUAUCGCCUAAAGGACCGCCGUUUCGGGCAGGUCUUUCACCAAGUCCGGCAUCCGCUACGGGUCAUUGCUUCCCUCACGACGUACGAAGGCAUGAGUUGGAAAUUUAUCGCUAAACACACACCGGCGGUGCCUGGCCUGGCAAGCAUGCAUCCCUUGCGCAAGGCCUUGAUACACUGGGUCACCUGGAACCGAUGGGUGGAGCUACAUGCAGACUGGCGCUUUCGCAUGGAGGAUACGCCCGUCGCUGAGCUCUGCCAUCGACUGUCUCUGCCGGGUUCCAAGUGUGAGCAGGAACAUCAUGCUGCCCGCCGUGAUCAGCGCUUUCACGCCAACGUCACCUGGGGUCAGCUGCGUCGUGCUGACCCGUUCUGGGCCCAGGCGGCGCGCGAACUGGCCCAUCGAUACGGCUAUGCAGAUGCACUCGUCGUGGCCAUGGACGGUGAAGACGAUGACGAGUGA